AUGGCACGUCCUUCGCGGACUCAGCAACUUAUGAACCCCAAGUUGAUGCCCAAGCUCUCGAACGAAAAUCCAAAUGAGCUUCUGCAGACAGCUGGUGUGGCUGAUGAGCUACUUGCGAAACGAGAGCAGGAGCGUGGCCGAAAGAGGGACCUUGAAGAUACCACAGAUCGCGACUCUCAGUCUCCGAAGCGGGCCAGAUCCGUCUCAUCGCACUCAAUGACUUCAAUUUCAACUAUAUCAACCAACCGAUCCUAUUCCGCAUCUCCUCGCCGGAGCAGACGUGACGCACACGACGGUCAUCGGGAUUCCACAUCACCACCUCCAACUAAGUCUCGGAAAAGACGCUACAGUGAUUCUUCAGAGGGCCGUGCUGGCUCGGUACACUCUUCGGAACAAAGACCUCGCUCGAUCUCCAGGGAACGCACUGAGGAUCGCAAUACUCGACGAAGACGCCGUGAGUCUAGCCCCGAGGAAAGAGGGCGGCACCGUGCUGCGGGAAGACACAGCUCGCGCCGAGACCGCCGUAGCAAGAGUGCGGACAAGGCCCGUGUUCCAAAGGAAAAUCGUUCUCCAACUCCCGAUGGUGCCCGUGACCGUCACUACCGGGAUCGAGCAAGCCCGCCACGCCAGUCUCAACCGUCUAGACAAGAUACCAGAAUGCGGAGUGAUCAGCCUCCUCGUGAACGGAGCUUGAGUCCUUUCAGCAAACGCUUGGCUUUGACUCAAGCCAUGAACCAUGGACGGUAA